GUAGAUACGUGCCAAUUGUUGCAAAUUCAACGCAGAUUAUUUUUUUGACUGGUGCAACCGAUUUUUUUUUUUUGUUUUUUUGAUUCCUCGGAACGCGAUUGUACCGGGCUUAUCUUUUUUCUCAUCUAAUUCAGGUUUGAGUUUGCUUUUACUACUCCAUGUGGAGAACGGAACUGUGACAAAGGUCAGCAACUGUUUAAUACAAAGACAAUCAACAGAGAGUUAUUUAUUUGAGUAGUGUUUGAUCUGGUGAUGUUUUCUGAGCAGUGAGCUUUUUUUUUUCUUUGCUUUGAACUGCCUUAUAUACUAGCCUUUAUUAAUCUUGGAUUAGUUUGAAUCAGGGAAGUAAUUACUUAUGUUUAAGAAGGUAGCAGCUGCGGUUUUGCUACCGAUAUUCACUUAUAUAGUUAAUCACAUUCCAGCUUUUGUUUGGGUGAUUAUGGACUUUGUUAUCGAUCUAUGUUUGUUUUGGAUGAAAAAUGUAUACCAUGUUUAUAAUAGCAAAGAUGAAUUAAAAGAACUACUUAAAACGUUGAAGAAUGUUCAAAGUUAUGGAGAAUGGAAGAAAACAGUUACCGAAAUCGAUCGGGUUACUAAUAUGGAUCUUUGGAGACAAAAUUUCAUUUCAAAACAUUACGACUAUAUUCUUAUUAAUGAUCGAAUAAAGUUAUUAAGAGAAGCAAGAAUGAGCGAAGAUGCUCAAUUAAUGAUGUCUUUACUUAGAUCAGGGUUGAUUCGUAACUUUGGUGGAGUAUCUCAAAAAAGACUUUAUACUAAGUCUUAUAUGGGGACCAAAUUUAAAAUAGAAGAGUAUAUUGUGGAAGUUUUAAAUUGUUUAAAUUACUUGAAUGAGUCGAUAAGAACGCCGACUGAAAAAAGUAAUGAUAAUUUUAUCAUGAAUAGUAAGCAGUUGAAACUUGACUUUUUCCAUGAUGCAAGACAAUCUUUUGGCUGUACGGCUUUACUUCUACAAGGUGGUUCUCUUUUCGGUCUUUGUCAUUUGGGAGUAGUUAAAGCUUUAUAUUUUAAAGGACUUUUACCAAGAGUUAUUGGUGGAAGUGCAGUGGGUGCUGCAGUGGCUUCGUUAGUUUGCACCUUGUCUGAUCAUGAAUUGAUACCCAUCUUGCUUUCAAUUGCUGAUGUAAUGAAAAAUAUCGAUUCUUUGAACCAUGAUGUUGAUGAAAGAUAUGGUAAUAUCAUUGAAAAUGUGGUCAAAAAGGGUUAUUCUCAAGAUAUCUUGAUUUUCUUGAAAUUUGUACGUGAUACUAUAGGUGACUUGACUUUUGAAGAAGCUUAUUUAAAAACUGAAAAAAUCUUAAAUAUAGUGGUUCAUCCAACACACCAGUCAGUUCCCUCUUUAUUGAAUUAUAUCACGGCUCCAAAUGUGAUCAUAUGGACAGCAAUUUAUGCAUCUAUUGGAACCGGUGUAUUAUCCGAUAACGUCCAAUUAUACGUCAAAGAUUUUAAUAAUAACAUUGUUCCGAAAUCUCCAGACUUUGAAGUAAAUUUUCUUAAACCUCAAGAUGUUAGUUAUCAACAACAAUAUUUUUCUCAUACAAGAAAAGAAGGCUCAAUGAAUCAAGAGGAUUUUGAUAAUAAUCCAAUUUUAGAUGAACCAAAUCAUCGGAGUAAUAAAUUCAAGGACCAACAUUUUAACUUGAAAAAAAAUUCUCCGUAUACUAGACUUACAGAGCUUUUCAAUGUUAACCAUUUUAUCAUAAGUUUAGCCAGACCGUAUUUGGCUCCUUUAAUUAGUAAUGACUUAAAACACUAUCAUUCUUAUGGAAAGGGAAUUUACAAAACAACCAAAACAGUCUCAGAACCUAAAUUCAAUCUUUGGCCAUCAUUAUCGAAAGGAAACGAACCUUCAACCAAGAACAAUUCAAAUUCCUUCGUACAUCGAGCCCAAUCACUGCAUCAAUUAGUUCCCUAUCAAGCUCGAAACAGUCGAUCAUCUUACGCUGACCAACCAAUGAACGCAUCACAACAUACACCCAUUUCUAAGGAAAUGAAUAAAUUACUUGAAAAGGGUAAAACUUCCAUUGAAGAUGUUGAACAAUUUACGAAAGACACUGGAUACAAUUUUGUAAAACAUUUAAAAAAUGUGGUUGGUCUAGAAAUUCAGCAUCGACUUGAUGUUACAAACAAACUUGGACUAUUACCAGAUAUAAUCAAGAGAUUAUGCAUUGAUGAAAAGCCUUUAACUCCUCAGUCAUUGACUAGCAUUAGAGAAAUUACCAUAGUUCCUGAACUUCGAUAUUUGCUCAAAGAUUUUGGAAGAGUUUUCGAUGUGCAUAGAACUAUGGAAAAUAUUCCAUAUUGGGUAUUGGUUGGUGAAAGAUCAGUUUGGCCAUUAUUUCCAAUAUUAUGGACUAGAUGUUCCAUUGAGUUUGCUUUAGAUGAUUUAUAUAACAUUCAUAGAAAGAAAAGUUGA